UCAAAUGCCGAAAUAUCUUUCGAAGAUACUCGUAGAGGUGGUAUAGAAUCCAGUGAGGACGUACAGGAUCACGCCUCACGCCACAUUGAUGUCGUGGAGGAGAAUCCGCUCCCAAACAUGACUCCUAUCAGAGCUCGCCGCGCACACGAUGAACUUAGUACAGUGACGGUAGACGAGCAGGUCGUCACAGAAGCAACCUUACAGCGAGUGAAACGUAAACGGAUCGCGGACGAACGCUCUGAAACAACAGAAGACAAAGGUGAACAAAGGAAACUGCGACAAAGCCAUGACUAUCCGAAACCAUUGACAAGUUAUACGAUUGACAAUUUUUUAUAG